AUGUAUGCGCCCUCCUCACCACAAUCUCAAAACCAACCCAUGAGGAGCCUAACCCACCCAACCGAACAUCACGACACUAGCGGCUACCCUGGAAGAAACGUGCCCAAAGCUGUUACAAGCCUCGGUGAACGGCUGGCGCGUUUGUCGAAGGAGGAUCGGAAGCUUGUCAGAAAGCCAAAGACGCGGCUCGGGUGCAGGGCUUGGCGGCGGGGGAAGGAGAAGGCGAGGAAGGCGAUGGGUGGGAAGGUGGCUGGUGGUGGGGGUGGGAAGGCGAGGCAUAGGAGUAGGAAGGGGGACAGGAAGAUGGUUAAGGUGCUGUGUGACCUUGAGCAUCGUCUUGUUUUUAAUAGAUCGCGCGUUUCCACUCAUCGAGUGCAGGAUACAAUUGGUCAAACCGUCCUGGAGUCGUUUAAGUCAAGUCUGCGCUUGCUAAAAUUUGCCAAGCCUCGUAAUGAAUUGUACAGGCACCAAUCGUUGGGCGAAGGAGACCAGGUGGGUACACGAAAACCGAGCAAUCGUGAGGUGAAUUUGUUUCCGAUUGCGGCUGGUGUACUGAGGGUAGGAGAUGUCGGAGGUCUGGAAAUGGAGGAUCCAAGGAGGGAAAUCGCUAACACCAUAGAGAUCUUCAAGCUUCAAUUGCGAUUUCUUUGCAACGACAAGAGGCCUGUCAAUGUACUCGAGCCCCAGAAGUCGAAAGGCUGCAGGCAGGCAGAUGCACGAUCAUCAAAGGUUUCAAAAUUCAAGGCCAAAACCGAGCGAAUUCCCGACAACGACCACACAGUUGCUCGGUCGUUGGACUUCACCACCUCUGGCCACAGGCAACUCUCGUUCGGCUGA